AUGUUAGGUUACUUGAUGGCCAUGCCAGUCAAAGUGGUCAAAAGAAUCAGAAGAUAUCUCGCAAAGCAGCCGCUCGACUUGAUGGCUGCGCAUUAUAAGAGCAAACCAGCUAGCGAUGAAUCUCGAUGGAUUAGCAUAUAUCCAUUGUAUAUGAAUUCACGCAAAACUCUCGCACAAGGACGUCGGUUAAGUAAAAAAAAGGCAGUUGACUCUCCGACGUCACAGGAAAUCUUUGACAUUUUAACAAAUGUGGGCAUGAAGGCUAAAAUUGAGAAACAAAAAAUGCAUCCCUUGGAUUCAAAUCGUGAUGCCAAUUCGCAAGGUAGAGUGCGAGUACAGUUGCGAAAUAGUGAUGGUUCCAUUUAUGAUCAAAGAUUUCCUACAAGAUUGUCAUUGAUGGUAUAUGCAUGUGAAAUGAUUCCAAAACUAAAAACACGUCAAGCUAGUGGUGGAUCUGUUUUACAAUCUGGUGCUGGCAACACAGGUGGUGGUGGCAAGGCUAAUAAAAAAAAGAAAAGAUGA